GUAUAACUUGCAAUUCUUCUGUCAGGACACAUUUUUCUUGUGUCUGUUUUUUCUUUUCUCCAAUUUAAAUGGUAAUGGGAAAGGUGGUAUCUUGUUUCUGUUGCGCAAAUAUAAAUAUGGGAGCCAUUGUAGCUGAAGUUUCGUACCGUUCUCCCUCCCCUCAAAGAAGUGUGAGUUGGCUUCUGCUCCUGGAGGUGGCGUUGAGGGGAGAUGGCUCUGCUAUGUGUUCCUCUAGUAGCUUCGUCUGUGGAUCAGAUGCUGCUCGAUGCAGACAAGGCCAAGGCAAGUGGUGCAGACGUUGUGGAGUUGAGGUUGGACUUUCUCAAGAACUUUCAGCCUCGCCAGGAUUUGGGAGUGCUGUUGAGAGAGAAGAAGCUACCAACAAUAGUUACAUAUAGGCCAAAGUGGGAAGGUGGCCAAGUUGAAGUCGAUGAACAGAAGAGAUUAGGUGCACUCCGUCUGGCUGUUGAGCUAGGGUCCGAUUAUGUUGAUGUGGAACUCAAGGCAGCUGACGAGUUCAUGAAAUCAAUCUCAGGAAAGAAGCCUGAGAAGACAAAGGUCAUAGUAUCAUCCCAUAACUACGAGAACACUCCUUCUGUUGAUGACCUAACUAACCUGGUCGCAAAAAUCCAAUCCACUGGAGCUGGUAUAGUUAAGAUUGCAACAACUGCGAAGGACAUUACAGAUGUGUCACAUAUGUUUCGUGUCAUGGCCCAUUGCCAGGUUCCAAUUAUAGGACUGGUUAUGGGUGAUAGAGGUGUCAUCUCUAGAGUGCUGGCCUCAAAAUUUGGAGGUUACCUUACUUUUGCAAGUCUUGAGGCUGGAAAGGAAUCUGCAGAUGGGCAACCAACAAUAAAAGAUCUGCUGGAGGUUUACAACUUUAGGCAGGUGGGAAGAGAAACCCAGAUAUAUGGCAUCAUUGGGAAGCCUGUCUACCACAGUAAAGGACCAGUACUAUACAACAAAGCCUUCAGUUCUGUGGGGCUUGAUGCAGUCUAUGUGCAUUACUUGGUGGAUGACCUUCCACAUUUUGUUGAUGUGUACUCGUCACCAGACUUUGCUGGGUUCAGUUGCACCAUCCCACAUAAAGAGAUUAUGUGCGAAUGCUGUGAUGAAGUCGACCCUGUUGCCAAGGAUAUUGGGGCUGUAAAUGCAAUUAUUAGACGCGAUGGAAAGCUCCUUGGUUAUAAUACUGAUUAUAUUGGUGCCAUCUCUGCCAUUGAAGAUGCGCUGAGAGCUGAAAAUAUUCAAGGAAAUGUUCCUGGAGGUUCACCCCUUGCCGGCAAACUGUUUGUCGUCAUUGGAGCUGGAGGAGCUGGAAAAUCACUUGCUUAUGGAGCCAAGGAAAAGGGAGCAAGGGUGGCCAUUUCCAAUCGCAGUUAUGAUCGAGCAAAAGAGAUUGCAGAUUCCCUUGGUGGUCAGGUAAUUCCCCUCUCUGAGUUGGAGCACUUCCAUCCAGAAGAGGGAAUGAUCCUCGCAAACACAACACCAGUAGGGAUGCAGCCAAAGACCGGUGUAUCACCAAUUCCGAAGAGUGCUUUAAAGCAUUACAGAUUAGUGUUCGAUGCCAUUUACACUCCCAUAGAUACCCGACUCCUGACUGAGGCAAAGGAGGCAGGAGCUAUUCCUGUUAGUGGUGUUGAGAUGUUCCUUAGACAAGCAAAGGGACAGUUUGAACUCUACACCGAUGGCUCUCCUGCACCUGUGGACGUUAUGCGAGAAGCUGUCCUAAGCAAAAAGUAGAAGAAAUGCUCUCAGCCAUUUUACUUUUAAUUUAUGCAUAUAAAUCUCCGGUGUUUGCAUUCUUCUUUAGUGAACUUUGUAUCGAACUCUUCAUCUCUCAGUAAUGAGAUUUUGGUAGCAAUUCUUAAUUC